UAACUGUGAAACACAGUGACUCAAUAUGCAUUUCAUAUAUUUUAUUUGAUUUUUCAGUUAUUUACUACAAUGAAUUUGGUACUUAAAACUUUCACUUUCUGGUAAACACAUAAAGGACGAUGAAAAAGAGAAAGCUUAAGUUUGACGUGAAACUCAAUAUACAAGAGUUAAGCAGCAUCCCCUUAUUAAAUGGUGUUAUUUAUUGCAAAACUCGAUUGAUAAAUGGCGGUUAUUUUUCAGAUCAUACUUCAAGAGAUAAUGUAGUUUCACACUGUGUGAAAUGGGAAAAUCAGUUUGUUUUUUCAUGCAAAAUAACAGUAUCUCAAAUUACUGGAGUUUUGGAAAAUUGUAUUUGUCGCAUUUCAGUUCGGAAGGAAAUCAAAGGUGGAAAAAAUUAUGAAAAGCUUGGAUAUGUUGAUGUUAACUUAGCAGAAUAUGCUGGAUAUGGAAUAGUUUCUCGAAGAUACAUUCUUGAAGCUUACAAAGAUUCUAAACAACAUCGACAAGAUAAUUCGAUGUUGCGGAUUACAGCGUGUAUGACUCUUACUUCUGGAGAUCCACUAUUUAAACCUCAAGAGUCUUCAAAUGAUCGUCGAUCAUCUGUUAAUGGUGAUUCAAUUUUAUUUUCUUCUGAUUUUGCAAGUAACUAUGCACCAACUCGAAACAGUUUAAUUGAAGAUGAUAAGCAAGAGCGCAAAAGUCUAUAUGAACACAAUCGUAACCCUAGCAGCGGAAGCAAUAAAUUGUACUCUGCAACUCCUUCACAUUUUAGAAGUUCUAGUGUUGAUAAACGCCAUUCUGGUCAACCAUUUAACCAUUCUAGGCAGCCUUCAAGUGCAUCUGCUGGUGAUUCUGGUUGCACAGAUCUUGAUCAUCUCAGUCCUAGUCCCAUUAGGCCACAAAAGAGAGUAGCAGAAAUUCACAAGCGGAUUGAUGAAACAAGAGUUGAUGCUGAUGACAUAGUGAAUCAACUUGUGCAAAAUGCCAACCUCUCUAUGGAUUCUGGCAACACAGAUGAAGGUAUUGAAAUGUCAAUGUUUCUUGAUAAAGAAGUCUUCUCAAAUAAAGAAACAAAUCGAUGGUUAUUCAAACCUGUUGUUACAGGAGAUCGGUUCAAGACUUUGUAACGUGUUUUUUUGUAAAUUAUUUUUUUUUUCCUUAAUUUAUUUUUUUAUUCUUUUAUUUUGGUUAAUACGUAAAGUUUAGAUUUCUUUGCUUAUAUUAUUAACUUUUAUCGUUUACAAAGUUUCUGACAAAACUUAAUAAUAUGUUUAUUAAAAAUAUAAUUUAUAUUAUGCGAUAUAUAUAUAUUAUAAAUAAUGCUUUUAUUUUUGGCAAUUUUGUUUCUGUGGAAUUACUCAAGUUUUUAAACUUUUUUUACCACGAACUUUUUUUGAGCUUUUUUGUGUUCAUUGAGACAUAAUUACAAAUUAUGUUUUGAUGAUAAUAGCUUUCUAAAACUUUUAUAUUUCAAAGAAAUAAAGUAAAAAUUAUUAGGACGUCUUAAAAUAAGUUUUUGGUGCCAAAGUAGUCAAUACAAAAGUUCAAUAAACUAGCAACCGUGCCUUAUAUGAAAUAGGGGUUGCGAUUAACUGGUACAAACUUUCUAUAUACUAGCUAUUAAAGUAAAAAUGUAUAAAACGCGAAUAUUUGUGCUUUAAAAAUUUCUUUAUGCCUUACUGAGCCUUAUCAAUAUCUAAACUUUGUAUUAAACUUUAUAGGAAUUGAGGCUGGCCUCUUUUCCGUGCUGGACAUAAAGUUAAUAGACAUUUAGAAAUAACUUUACUGGCUUUAAGUCUUUAUUCAAUGCAAAACUUUUCAGUUAAAAGGUUUGAAGAAGUUUUUAAUGCCUUUUAUAUAUAAAGUUCUUAUUGGUUUUUGUUGUAUUUUGUCAGCGGUUUUCUUUUUAUGUUUAGUUUUAUGUUAGUUAGUUUAUUUACGAGUUUAUUAGUUUUUAAAGUUGACUAAAUGUAAAAGCAUUUCUUAUGUCACGUUGUUCAUUCGAUUUUAUUUUUAGUCAUUUUGUAAAAUAAAAAGUGAAAAUAUUUCUUUAUAUCAUUUGUUCAAUAGUAUUUUAAAAAUAUUUUUUGC